CUUACGUAAUUCUUCAACAUAUUUCCCCACGACAGUAUGUUGAUGCUGCCUGGACGUUGUCUGUGAAACACUUGCUCCUCUGCCAGCGAAUCCAUCCUUUCAAUCGGGGGUUAAGGUUGGCCUACGUCAUGUUGAUCGACAAGAGGUCGGCAUUUACAUAAGUCUGGUCUUUAACGACAACCUGUCAGUGCAAGGCCACUUCAGAUCAAGAUGAGACAGAGCAACUGAUCACUGGCUGACCCAGCCCACGUGACUGUCACUGAUCAUUCAUAUCACUAGCGCGCGGGCACCCCCAAUUCACGACUGAUUGAAGGAGGCAGAAGGGUGGCUCGGCACAACCCCGGGUGAGUGGUGAGACGUUAAUCAGUCCCGGGGCCCAAAUAUCUGUCAGUGUGGCAGCCACGCGCAGAAACGCACAGGAAGAUGCUACAAUGAGCACAUUCUUAGAUUUCUCGUCCAUAAGUGGUGGUGGAGACGGAGGUGGCGGAGGCUCGUGCUCAGUCAGAGCGUUCCAUGGCGACCACGGACUUUCAACAUUCCAGUCAUCGUGUGCUGUUAGGGUAAACAGCUGCAGUGGGGAUGAACGGUUCAUGUCCAGUAGAUCAACACAAGACGCGAUUAACCCUCAGCCACACCAAGCCGGCUCGUAUCAGUCCCCCGGGACUUUGUCAAUUACCUACAGCGCCCAUCCAAGUUACGGGACUCAAAGUUUUUGCUCCGGAUACAGUCACUAUGCCCUAAAUCAGGAUGUGGACUCAUCUGUGAGCUUUCCCCAGUGCGGCCCUUUAGUUUACUCUGGAAAUAUUUCUUCCACUGUUGUGCAGCACCGUCACCAUCGCCAUGGUUACAGUGGCGGAAACGUUCACCUCCAUGGCCAGUUCCAGUACGCCUCAGCCACAUAUGGUAAUAGUCCAGAUCAGGCGAAUCUGACGUUUGUGGCGGGCUGCUCAAAUCCGCUGUCCCCACUGCAUGUGCCUCAUCACGAUGCAUGUUGUUCACCUCUAUCAGAUGGCGUGUCCACAGGGCAGACAUUUGACUGGAUGAAGGUUAAACGGAACCCGCCAAAAACAGGGAAAGCUGGGGAGUAUGGAUUUGGUGGGCAGCCAAACACGGCACGCACCAAUUUUACGACAAAACAGCUGACAGAGCUUGAAAAGGAGUUUCAUUUCAAUAAGUACUUGACUCGCGCGAGGCGUGUGGAGAUCGCGGCUGCUCUCCAAUUGAACGAGACUCAGGUGAAGAUUUGGUUCCAAAAUCGUCGCAUGAAGCAAAAGAAACGCGAAAAGGAGGGUAUUUUGCCUAAAUCUCCGUCCGAACUGAAGGAUGGUCUCGAAAAACCCGAGAACGCAUCCGAAAAGUCGCUCUCCGCACCUUCCACGCCCUCUCCCACUCCGCCCGUUGAUGCCUACUCCUCGAAUUAAACGGCGUUUGUUCUGCCAACCUGUUAGUGCAGAACUGUUAAUCUUGUUUCAAGGUCAGAAUCAUUAUGUGACAUACAGAGACCAUUGCACAAUUUUGUUUCGACCUGAACCGUUUUGACCAUUCAGUGUAUUUCCGUGCUACUUUGUGUUAUUGUGAAAUGACUGUUAAUAGUAUUGGGCACCUUGUCAAGCACCUAUAUAGAACAAGUGGAUUGUGCAUUUCCGUGCACAGUAGCAAAUGCUGCACCUUUACACAUGUCUUUUGUCGGAUUUACA